AUGGAGUUCAAGCAAACCCACCCAAGCCCCAGCCCAAAGCUGAAGCCCCGGCUGAUCAUCCACGGAGGCGCAGGCAACGUCCAACGAGACACCUUCACCCCUGAGAAGUAUGAACUAUACCGCACAACCCUCCUCUCCAUCGUGUCCAAGACGGCAGCGUACAUGGACGGCGUAGCAAGCGACGGCAAGCGGCGGCCCCGCCCGUCCGCCCUGGAGAUCGCCACCCACGCCGUCGUCCAGCUCGAGGACAGCCCGCUGUUCAACAGCGGGCACGGCGCCGUCUUCACCCGCGACGGCAUCAACGAGCUCGAGGCCUCGGUCAUGGUCUCCCACGGCCGGGCGAAGCGCGGCGUGGGCGUCAUGGGCCUGCGGCGGGUGCGCAACCCCAUCCUGCUCGCGCGCCGCAUGCUUGAGGAAGGUGACAAGGACCUCGCGCCGAAGAUGUCUUCUUCUUCUCCUAACUUCAUGGCGACGGGCGAGGGGGGUGAUCUUGAUGUCCCGUCUGCUCAGGGCCAUACACAGAUCUACGGCGAGACGGCGGAGCAGCUGGCCAGGCAAUAUGGACUUGACAUCGUGGAUAAGAGCUACUUUUUCACGCAGCAGCGUUGGGAUGAGCAUAUAAGGGCGCUCGAGCAAGAGAAGCUUGGGAGAGGCGGUGCUACGUGGGCGGUGGAUGAAUACUUACCACAGGGGACAUGCGGCGCAGUUGCGAUGGAUGAGGAUGGCGUCGUGUGCGCUGCGACGAGCACUGGCGGUUUGACCAACAAGCUGACCGGGAGAGUGGGAGAUACUCCAGUGCCCGGUGCAGGAUUUUGGGCCGAGGAGUGGGAAGAGGAGGGGCCACCAUCUUCCUUCUGGGACAUGUCGAAAGCAGCGGUUACAUCUUAUGGUUCCCCAUUCUUUGGUCUAUCAGACUCGCUGAGAGGACUCGUUGCAGAUUGCCUUCCCAACCCCUCCCUUUACAGCCCAAUUUCGUCAAGAUUGCCUGUAACAGGCACGGUAACUACAAGAUCCAUGGGUGUAUCUGGUACCGGCAACGGUGAUUCGUUUCUACGAACAAACGCAGCGCGGACCGUUGCCGCCAUGGCUCGUUUCAAACCAGAGUCAAUUGCGAAAGCGCUCGCCAAUGUCGCCGGCACAGGAGGCGAGCUUCAGCGCAGCGCGGGAUCUCGAUUUGGGAAAACUGGUGAAGGUGAGGGCGGGAUGAUUGCCAUUGAGUCUGUCAUCUCUCGAGAUAGCCAGGGGAGGAUCGUAGACGCCGGUGCUGAGAUCUUGAUGGAUUUCAACUGCGCUGGAAUGUUUAGAGCAUGGAUCGACGACGACGGGAAGCCUGCGAUGAGUAUAUGGAGUCGAGGAGCCGAAGACGGGUUUCAUUAG